UCUUAUUAUUUGGGUUCAUCUAGUAGAAAAAAUAUAAAUGUAACAAAAUUUAUAUAGUAACAAAAUCUAAAAUAAUAUAGAUAUCACUAGGCAUGAAUAAUAUUUUUUUUUGUCAUCAAGACAUGAAUAAUAUAGAUAUCACUAAAUGCAUUAUCCAUUUAUGCAUGCUCUAUUUUUGAUGGUUAUUGAGAAGUUGACUAUAUUCCAAAUUGAUCCUAGAUACAUAAAAUUCUAUAUACUAAUAACAAGAAAAUUAAUUUUUCUUUAAUUUUUUUUACUUUCUACCGAAUGAUAUUUUGUGUUAUAACUUUUUUUCUUCUUUAUAAGAGUACUUAUAAUAAAAGUAUUGAAUAAAAUGUAUAAAAGUUAAAUAUGUAGUGAGCAUGUCAAAAAUGAAGUUAGACGUAGUAAAUUAUUUUGUGUUGAAAAAUUCAACAUGUUGAAUGAUGAUAAACUGAGAACUAAAUACACCACGAGUCACAUUCUAGAAAUUAAUAGGUUUUCAUACCAUAUAGUUAUUAAAAUGAAUUAUUUAUUUAUUUCUUUUAAUUUCUAUACAAAACCUUGCCGUUUUAUCUCUACAAAUAGAGAUUAGGUUCUUUUAGUUUGGAAACAGAAAAAAAUUGUAGAUACUAUUCAUGACAAUUAUGUCAUACACAUUAAAACCGUAAUAACACUGACUUUCACAUUCCCAUGUUAUUAACACUAUUCAUUAUUAUAUCAAAAUAUAUAAUGUGUUCAUUUUCUCAAGAAUAGUUUUCAAAUUUAAACAGACUUAAAUAUAUUAAAAUUUAACCACUUUGAAAAUAUACCUCCAUAUUCCAACUUUGCAAUGAUAUAUUUUUGAACUUCUAAUAUCUUUAGUAAAUUUAAAAUCUAAAUUUAAAUUUAAAAUUUUAAUAUCUUAAUGGAUUUCAUUUGAAACUAUUUAUACCUCUCCUAAAUACCAAACACUAAAUUCUAAUUACUAAAACAUAAACCAAAAUAUAAAAAUAAUAUAUAUUUGUAAUAUUUUUAAUUAAAUUAAAAAUUAAAAAUAAUAUAUAAUAUUUUAUUAUGAAACCAUAUUAUAUAAAUAUGAAUAAUGGAAUCGACUAGCAAACUAAAAAUAAAUUCAACUUGUAAAAUGGAUAAAUUGUAUUCUAUUAUAUUUCUAGGUUUUGGAAAGUUAUAUAGUAUGGACUUACAGUUUUAAUUAAUAACUAUCUUAUUUUAAAAAUAUGUAUAUUUCUGUUUUAAAAACUUCAAGUGAUGAUAUAUCAAAAAAAAUUAAAAUUUUCAUACAUUUUAAAAUUAAAUAAUUGGCAGUUAAAAAGUUAUGAGAUUAAUAAGAUAGAUGGGGUGGAGAAGUUAUAUACAAAUAAAAUAAGCAAAGUACAAUUUGGUAUGUAUUGACAAAAAUAUAUUUUUGUCAUCCUUUUAAUCAUAUGGUGAAAUUAUAAAAAAAAUGUUGGUUAUAUCACUCAAUUUCUCUUGACUGUAUAUUAGAAAAUAAAAAGAUAACAAAGAAUAUUAUAUUUCUGAAACUAUAUUUUUCAUUUCAUUAAAUUAAUGUUUUAGUAAAUAGGGUUCAUUAAUAUUUUAUUUAUUUUAUGGAUUCAUCUUUAUAUUUUUGUCAACCUUUUAAUUAUAUGGUGAAUUGUAAAAAAAAUGUUGGUUAUAUCACCCAAUUUCUCUUGACUGUAUAUUAGAGAAUAAACAGAUAAUUAACAAAGGAAAAAUUAUAUUUCUGAAACUAUAUUUCCAGUUUAUUAAAUUAUGUUUUAGUAAAUAGGGUUCAUAUACUGCUUUAUUUAUUUAUUUUAUGGAUUCCAUCUUUAAAAUUUAAUUUUUUUUUUGAUAAUUUAAAAAGAUUACAGAUAAAAUCAAGAGUAAAGAUAUAUCGUAUAGCCCAACUAUCAUUCUUACUAUUUGCAAUUUUGGAUUUUUUGGGGCUUGUUGGUGUUGGUCUUCCGCCAACAAAGGAAAGUGAAGAAACUAAGUGUAAAAGUAAUAAUUAAAUUAAAGGCAAGAAUAAACUGAUGCAAAUCAACAAAUUAAAAGCAGUUAUAUUGUCAAAACAGAAAAAAUAAUUAACAAAGAUGGCAAAUCUGUUAACAGUCUUUAUAUACCUCGCUCCAUCAUCAAUAGGCCGUAUUCACUCUCAAAUAUCAAGAUCUUUGGAGUCUUGUGCGUUGCGUCUUUUAGCUCAUGAAACGAAACUCUAUAUAUCAAUUAAAAUGUUCUGUCCCCUUUGCAUGUAAGAGAGAUAAAGAAACCGACAAAAGCCAUAAAGAAAGAUCUCUGGAGAUGGAAGAACUGCGAGUGAAUGAGUUGGGACAAAAGAAAAACAUAGCAACUGACAGAAGAGAGUGAGCACACAAAAGUAAUCUGCAUAUACUGCAUUUGCUUCUCUUGCGUGCUCACUGCUCUUUCUGUCAGAUUCUAGUGCUGAUCUCUUUGGCCUGUCCUUGUUCUCUUUGUCUCAAUCUCUCUCUCUCUCUCACAUACACAAUCUCUCUCUACUUCUCUUGUUCAUCUCAAAUAAAGGUAAGCUUAAUAUGCGAUUUAAACGAUGGCUUGUUCCUUGUAUAGAUCUGAUUGCAUGCGAGGUGAUAGCUUUAAACUUUCACCAUUCAUUAUAGUUUAAUGUAUGAGUAGUAUCGAGAAAGCUUAAUCUAUGAGUUUACGCGUGGUUAAAUGAAAUUAAGCAAGUUAACCUAGUUUUUAAUAGGCUGGUCCUUAAUUUUCUCGAUUCAUGUAUAUAUUAUACUAUCAUUUAUUUUUCCCUUUUCUCGGGCUUUUUAAUCCCCAGCUCCCUACUUUUUAUACUCAGAUACAUAUAUCAUUUGAUUCAUGUGAUCAUCAUAUCAUCUCAUUAUGCGUGUAUAAGAUGUUGCAAGAGUACUCUGGUCAUGAUAUUUGCAUUAUAAGAAAGAGUCGCCGGCUUCUUGGUUAUCUAAAUGGUUUGCUCGUACAUUUUGAUUCCACGAUGUAUAAUUAUAUAAUUAUUUUUUUAUAGUCUAUACAUUUACCAAAAGAAUAAUUAUGUUGGCAUAUAAUUAGUUGACAUUUUUUAAAUUAAUAUUUGAUUCCAUGUAAUAAUGUUACAUUUGUUGACAUGAAUAUUUUGAGAAUAUUCUUGUGGUGGUUUGUUUUCUUAGAUAAAUUUGAGAACACACUAUUUCUAUGCAAACUAAAAAAGCCUAUAGUGUAUGAAGUUGUUGUGUUGGUUCCACAUGUUGAUGUGUCAUGUCUUUCCACUUUUGUACUGUUGAGGCUGUUGAAAAAUAUUGUUGUUUGUCGACAAAUAUCUAAUUAAUUUUCGGUCCUACUGUUACAAUUUCUAUCUUUCGGUUAACUGAUGAGUCGUUGGGCUGAAACCAUGGUGAUACUGAUACCGGUGAGAAUUGUGUGGUCAGACGUGUGUAUCACAUGGGAAGCGAUCUUUGUAUAUAUUGCAAUCGUUGUGAUGUUUGCGUCUCAAAUGCACAAUAUGUUCUAGCUUUAAUUAGCUAAGUCACUACUCAAUACUAAUAUUGUUGAAGCAAUUGGGAAAUAUGAACCAUAUUGUGUAUGGAUUUCUGAGUUGAAUGAUUUAAAAUUAAUUGGUUCCAGCUAUGUUGGUUCCAGCUAUGUUGGUUCGUUUGUGUGCAUAUACAUGCGCUCUCUAGGUUAAGUAGAAUUUUUUUUUACUUCAAAUCUAUUUGUAAACUGUAGGAAACGUAAAAUUCAAACGGAUUCUAUUUUUUGCUUGUAAUUUUUUUUUUUAAAAAACGUUCAUUUGAAAGAAAAUUGUAUUAUGUUACAACAUGCAAAUGCGGCUCUAGACUCAAAGACAAACAAGUACAGUCGAGGACAAGAUCGUUGAGUAACUUAACUAAGGCCGUAAAGCGUGCUCAUUGUGAACUCGAUCGAAGAGUUAGAUUCAAAAACAAAGAAAAAUUUGUUAGGGAUUUUAAUUUAUUUUUAUUGUAUAUCUCCGCCGGUUCGUUAGAACUAAACAUCUCAUUCGAAAAUGCGUAAACCAAACACAAUUUUUUUCUUUCUCAUUUUCCCUUCGUUCUAUUACCAUAUCUUUCAGAUCAAACUACUUUUGAGCUACACUCUAAAUGAUUCUCUUGAUUUCAACCACGCAAAAUUUCGUUUUACACCAUAGAUGGCUCGAUCCAGAUGUGCCCAUGAAGAUCACGGUGUUAAUGAACGCACACAUGGCUAGAUCUUGUGAAAAAGCUAGGCAACGCCGCUGCGCAUAUACAAUAUUGUAUGUAUUUCACUUUCGGAGAUUUUCUCUCAUCUGUGCCUAUGGUGAGUACCUUGCAACGACCAACAACAUAAGACAUGUAUAUAACAACACAAGAACAUCAAAAUUUCUGACGAAACGGAAAAUUAUAUUGUAUAAACAGAAGAUUUUAAAGUUGUAAUGUAUUGAAAAGGAGUUCUUUUUGAGCGAGCAAAAAGAAUGUCGUGCAUGAGAGAGGCUGUGUAUAGACAGGUAAAUUUUAUCACCACUAACCUGAUGGAGACUAGAAUGAUUUUCUGGAUUUGGGGUUGAAUAGCUCUGGGCUUAGUGAGGUUGAGUUGAGACGUUUCAGGGAUAUAGUUUGAAAAGUUAGACCACCGAUUUCACUCUCCUUUUUAGAAGGCCAAGACAAACAAGAAGAUCUACAGUUUCUCCUUUGCACUCUAAUAGUUAAAUUCCUGCUUAGAAAUCACCACCGUACACAUAAAUAAACACAAGACCGAGAUGAAUUUACCAAAAUGGCAUGGACGCAAAGAUUAAAAUCCGUUGAUAGCCAAAUAUAUCUUCUAAUUUGCGGCGACAGUUGUAAUUUACCAGUUGGUUUGAAUUUAGAUAAUUCGUAUAACUAGUUGUAUACAUCUAUAUAGGUAAAUCAAUAUAAAAACUUGUAUUGAAUUAUAGUAUGUUUGUUUGACAUUUUUCAAACGUAGUUUUACGUUAUGUUGGACUUUAGAAUAUUCACAAUAGUAAAUUAUCUCAAAUACAAUAAUAUAAUUUAGUUAUUUUGAUUACUUUUUAAAAAAUUGUCUAAGAAACCUUUUUUUCUUUCUUCUACUUACUCUAUUCUCUAAUUGUUACAAAAUAGUGAUAAAAAUUAUAGAAAUUUUCUUAUUAAUUUCAUUUCCUUCAAAAAUAUAUUUAAAAACACUCAUUUUUUGUUUCUUUUCUAAGUAAUAGCUUGUUAGCUAUCAAAUAAUAACCAUUUAAAAUUAAAUCAUACAUUUUCCACAAAAUCUGAAUACAAGUGAAAAAGUUAUGAGGUUAGUAAAUAUAUAUAUAUAUAUAUGGCCUCUAAAUUAUAUUAUGGUCUCUAAAUAUAUAUAUAUAUAUAUAUAUAUACAUAUAUGAUCUCUGAAUAUAUUAUAUUUUCUGAUACGUUUUGGAAAAAAAUUAAGAUUUUGGCCGCAAAUGUAAAUCCAAACAUAAAAUGGUAGUAAAAAUUAUUAAUUUUUAAAUAAAUGAAUUUGUUGUCUUAAUUGUUAAAAUAUGAAGAAUCCAUCAAACUACCAAGAGAAUCAGUGCCAGACAAAAAAGGAGGAAGAUCCGGUCGCCAUUUUUACCACGGAGUUUAAGUUGAUGACAUAAUUAUAACUAUCCGAUCAAAGAGAACGUAAAAAUGAAAACUCCUCUAUAAAGUCAAGAAACAUUUAACGAAAACAAAUACUAACAUAAAAAAAAUUCAAGCACUUCUUUUUAAAUAUUUUUAGGGCCAAGUAGAAAAGGUCACAUCUGGCCUUACCAAAAAAAGAUAUUUCAUUGAAAUUCUAUCGGGACAAGUUAUUGUUUUUUAUUAAUCCGUAUCCACUUCAAAACAUGCGUAGCAUUAACGACUCGAUUACACGUCAAUUUCACGUCGUCCACUAUUUCAGUAGUGUAUGCCGGCCCACUGAAUGUGAGAACCACAAGCUAAAAAUAAAUUGAGGGCCGUGAUGGUAGGGGUGGAGAAUCGAAGUCACUACCCUUAAGACAAAAUAUACCACGACUUCCAUUACGCUAUAGACAACUUAUUGUCAUAAACGGCCGGUAAAAUAUAUAUAUGAUUUUGGGCCGGAAGCUUGAGCUUCCAAUGGUAUCAGGGCCGCUACUGUGUAUAAUAGUGAGAUUUUUUAAAAACUUUCACGCUUAUUAAAAAUAUUUAUAUUAUUUAAUUUUAUUAUACAGUAUCUAAUAACCAACCAAUAAGAUUUAUUCAAAUUAAAUAUUUUCAAUUUAUGCUUUUAAAGUAUCCAAAUCAUUUACAGCGGUUGAUAAAAACAUCUUAAAAUUUUAUAAAACUUACUUUUGUAGAACAGAAAUUUUUUUAAAUUUUUUUUUUUUGAAAACUGAGGAAGUAUAUGGUAAUAGAACGGUUUGGUUUGGUUCACAUAAAAAAUAAACAUAGAAAUUUAAAUUAUAUGGGUAAAAAUGAAUUUCUUUUGUUUUCUGUUUUUUUUUUUGUCUUGGAACAAUGAAAUCGAUGACAAAAUACUAUUUGUUGUUUCAACGUAUUAAAUUAUUAUGAAUGAUGAGUUACUAUAUACUCCCUACUCCUAAUUGCUUUGCCAGAUCUUACGGACAUAUCAUAUUUAUUUGGAUAAGAUCAGACAGAACAUUUCUUCCCCCACUUCACUUAGUCGUCGCAUAUUAAACUAAGUAAUACAACUUCAUAAACAAAUCAUUUCCAUAUAUGUAUAUAUAACCAAGUAAGAAAUAUCAUAUAGUUAUCUUCACAUCAUACUUGUGAGACCAAGUCCCACGGACAAAUGGAAGAAUCCAAAACUGUCCUCUUCGACAAAUACACGAUCGGAAAACUCCUCGGCACCGGUAACUUCGCCAAGGUGUACCACGGCACAGAGAUAUCUACUGGCGAUGAGGUGGCAAUCAAAGUCAUAAAGAAAGACCUCGUGCUAAAACGUCGAGGCAUGACGGAGCAGAUCGAGAGAGAGAUCGCCGUCAUGCGACUCCUCCGCCACCCAAACGUCGUGGAGCUCCGUGAAAUGAUGGCGACGAAGACGAAGAUCUUCUUCAUCAUGGAGUACGUCGACGGAGGAGAGCUUUUCGAGAGGCUAGAUAAAGACGGGAAGCUCCCGGAGGAUCUUGCGCGGAAGUAUUUUCAGCAGCUGAUCUCCGCCGUAGAUUUUUGCCACAGCCGUGGCGUUUACCACCGCGAUAUCAAGCCGGAGAAUCUGUUGCUUGACGGACACGGCGAUCUUAAGGUAACUGAUUUCGGAUUGUCGGCGUUGAUGAUGCCGGAGGGGCUCGGCGGAAGACGCGGCAGCAGCGACGAUCUCCUCCAUACGCGGUGCGGGACUCCGGCUUACGUGGCGCCGGAGGUUCUCCGGAAUAAAGGAUACGACGGAGCUAUGGCGGAUAUUUGGUCGUGCGGCAUCGUUUUGUAUGCGCUCCUCGCUGGCUUCUUGCCGUUUAUCGACGAAAACGUCAUGACCUUGUACACAAAGAUCUUCAAGGCGGAAAUCGACUUCCCGCCAUGGUUUUCUACAGAAUCGCAGGAACUGAUCUCAAAACUGCUCCUGUCGGAUCCUGAACAACGGAUCACAAUGUCGGAGAUCAAACAGUUCCCAUGGUUCCGCAAGAAUUUCACACCGCCGGAAGCUUUUUCCAUCGACGAGACACUCCCAUCUCCACCGCCAGAGCCACCGUCAAAGAAGAACAAGAAACACCUGAACGUGGAUGAAGAAGACGGCGGAUCUUCUCCGAGAUCCUUCAACGCCUUCCAACUCAUCUCUUCAAUGUCCUCGGGUUUCGACCUUUCCAGCUUAUUCGAGAUAAAACGAAAGCCGAAGAGGAUGUUCACGUCGAAGUUACCGGCGAUCACGGUGAAAGAAAGGCUAGAGGAAGCGGCGCCGGAGAUGAACAUGAGGGUGAAACACGUGAAAGACUGCAAGAUGAAGCUGCAGAGUAGAACGGAAGGUCGGAAAGGGAGGCUCUCGGUGACGGCGGAGGUUUUCGAAGUCGCUCCUGAAGUCUCCGUCGUCGAGUUUUGUAAAACCUCCGGCGACACUUUGGAGUAUACGUUGUUUUGCGAGGAUGACGUCAGGCCAGCUCUUAAGGACAUCGUCUGGUCAUGGCAAGGCGAUGAUGACGACGACCAUGUUAACACUCAUGAUAAUGAUAACUUAAUAAAUUAA